UUACAUAUAGUACAUUUAGCAUAUUUGUAGCGGAUUUACACACUCCUCUAUCUACACUGUUAAUAUGUAUCUAUAAAAAAACCCAUCGACUAAAUCUUAAUUCGUAUAGCCAUUCAACUUUACCAUUUUUAAAAAGUAUUAAAUAUACGCAAAUCGACAGUCCUUAAGAGAGACGUAACGAGAUAAAGCUAUAUUCGUCCAUCCCUACUACAUAAGUUUAUUUAGUUGUGAUAUAAUUUCGCUUGAUAGGUACUAUCAUUUCAUUACACGUUGACUUACGGAGGACACGAUGGCUCCGAAAGUGCAAACAGUUUUGGGAGAUGUGGACCCCAAGAGCCUGGGUCGCACGCUGACCCAUGAACAUCUCGCUAUGGACUUCUCUGAAAUGUACAGCAAGCAUGUACUACCAUUGAAACGUAUCGACGAGAAACCCUUCAACAUUGGCAACAUCGGCACUGUAAGACAAUACCCUUACAGCUCCAUGCACAAUCUAUUCCUAAAUGAUGAGGAGGCGAAGGUUGCUAUACUUGAAGAUCUUCACGAUUAUAAGGAAUGGGGCGGUGGCACUAUCGUGGAGAACUCCACAGAAGGUUUGAAACGUGACGUGACGUACUACAAGAAAAUGUCGCAGGAAAGCGGGGUCCAAAUAGUCGCAGGAACUGGGUUCUACAUCGAACGCUGCCAAGAGGAAUUCAACAAGAACAUCACCACAGAACAGAUGUACAAUCACAUGCUUCAAGAGUUGACUGAGGGAUGCGUUGACGAUAAGACGGUUAAGGCUGGGUUUAUGGGAGAAGUUGCGAGCGUUUGGCCAAUCAGAGACUUCGAACGUAGAGCGAUAGUGGCUGCCGGCGAGCUGCAGAAGCAGAUCGGCUGUGGAGUAAGUUUCCACCCACACCGCGAGGUAGAGGCACCCUUUGAGAUCGUGCGCCUGUACCUGGAGGCCGGAGGCAGCGCUGACAAGUGCGUCAUGUCGCAUCUUGACCGUACUCUAGCCGACGACUCGAAGCUGCUAGAGUUCUCGGAGCUAGGCACAUACUGCCAGUUCGAUCUGUUCGGCGUGGAGGUCUCCUACUACCAGCUGAACGAAACGUUCGAUAUGCCAUCUGACGCCCAGCGCAUUAGCAAGGUCAAACUGCUUGUCGAUGAGGGCAAGGCGGAUAGGGUGCUGAUGUCUCACGAUAUACACACGAAGCAUCGAUUGGCUGCUUACGGCGGACACGGCUAUUCCCACAUUCUGCGAACCGUGCUGCCCAAAAUGAAAGUUAAAGGAUUCGACCAGGAAACCAUAGACAAGAUCACCAUCGAGAAUCCCGCAAGAUGGCUGACAUUCGACAACUAACCCUUUUGCCACAAUGAACACGCAUUUAUAUAAUUAAUUAUUUUAUUUACAUUUAUAAAUAUAUCUCACGUG